UAUGAACUCCACAUAAUGCCGCUCACCAACAUAAGUGUCAUUUGCUUGAUAUUUAAGCGUUAAAUUUCUAUCAAAAAAUUUAAUUAAAAAGACAAUUGUGCUUAGAUAUACUUUACUAAAAAGUGGCUUUACAUUCUUUGUAUUGAUGUUAAUGAUAUAAUUAGACUGAAAAGUACGAGUAACUUUUCAUAAUGGCACUACCAGCAAAUUAUAAACAAGUGUCAAUGUCGACGCCUACCAUUGUUACAACAAAUCAACGUGUUCGUGCUUCUGGCGGAACAAGCGGUAGUUCAAAUUCAAGUAAAGAUGCACAGAGCCCUUUUAUUCAAACACCUCAUGGACAUCCAGGAUUUACUCCGCAGAAGGUCGGAAAAAAUACAGCUGCUGACUCAAGGACUCCUAAACCACCGAAGCCUCCCGAAAAGCCACUUAUGCCCUAUAUGAGAUACAGCAGAAAAGUUUGGGACACAGUCAAAGCUCAACAUCCUGAAUUGAAAUUAUGGGAAAUAGGAAAGAUUAUUGGUCAAAUGUGGAGAGAAUUACCCGAAGUUGGAAAGACAGAAUUCAUUGAAGAAUAUGAGACAGAAAAAGUUGAAUACGAAAAAGGCUUGAAGACCUAUCACAAUUCUCCAGCUUAUUUAGCUUAUAUUGCUGCUAAAAAUCGUGGAAAAUCUGCACUGUGUGCAGCACAACAAAACAAUGAUGAUCGUGAAAGUCAUGAACGUUCUUCUGGAAGUAGCAAAAGUCAAGCAGCUCAGGAUAGACGUAUUGAUAUUUUACCAGCUGAAGAUGAAGAUGAUCAAGAUGAUGGUUAUACAGUAAAGCAUGUUGCUUACUCUCGUUACACACGCAAUCAUCGACUCAUUAAUGAAAUAUUUAGUGACACGGUUGUUCCCGAUGUUCGAUCAGUUGUUACAACUCAUCGAAUGCAAGUUCUUCGUCGACAAGUUCAAUCGCUUACAAUGCAUCAGAAAAAAUUGGAAGCUGAACUUCAACAAAUCGAAGAAAAAUACGAAGCAAAGAAGAGAAAGUUCAUUGAAGCAAGUGAAGUGUUUCAAGAGGAAUUGAAAAAGCAUUGUAAACCUGCUGUAGAUGAGGAUGCGUUUAACAAAAUGGUGGAACGACAAUACGAUCUUCUCCGACGUGAUCGACUAAAAGGUACCGAAGAAAAUCGAUCCGGUGAUCCAGCAUCUAGUGAAUCAACACCAACAUCAACGCCUACACCAACUCCAGCUUCGGUAAAUGAAGAAGCCACAGUGGAUCAAACUGAAAAUGAAUCAACGGAGAAGAAGAAUAAUAUCGAACCUGAAAAAUCAGAACGAAAGAAAGGCACUCCAUCACCACCGUAUAUGGAAGUGAAGAAUGAAAUAAAUUCACAACCAAAUUUUGGAAUUGCUCCUAUGGUUCAAACACUUCAGCAACCAUCGCAUAUGACACAUUCUACUUCACAUCCACAAAUUCCACAAUCACAAGGUCAUGUGUCGCCACAAAAUCAGCAAAUGAUUCCGCCGCAUCAGCAACCGCAUCAAUUGCAGCCACCUCAAGCGAUGCAGCAGCAGCAGCAAUCGCAACCGCCGCCGCAGAUACAACAGCAACCGCCACCUCAGCAAAUGCAACAGCAACAACAACCACCACCUCAGCAAAUGCAGCAGCAGCAACCACCACCACCGCAGCAAAUGCAACAACAAUCCCAGCAGGUUCAACAACCGCCACAGCAAAUGCAGCAACAAAUGCAACAACAACCGCCGCCUCAACAGAUGCAGCAACAACAGCAGAUUCAACAAUCACAGCAAAUGCAACAGCAACAACCGCAGCAGGUUCCACAAUCACAGCAAAUGCCGCAACAGGCGCAGCAAAUGCAACAACAACAACAAGCGCCGCAACAAAUACAACAAAUGCCGCAAGCAGCUCAGCAGAUGCAACAGCCACCGGCAUCUCAACAGAUGCAGCAGACUCCGCAACAACCGGCACAGCAACCGCAGUCGCAGCAAUUACCACCGCAACAGCUACAACAACAGCAGCAACAACAACAGCAGCAACAACAACAGCUUCCGUUGCAAUCCCCACAAGCAUCCCAGCAGGUUCCUCCUCAACCACCACAACAAUCUCUACCACCGCAACCACCUCCGCAGCAACAAAUGCAACCAUUACCACCGCCGCCGCAGCAACAACAACAACAACAACAACCAGUCACAACAACUACAGCACCAGCUCCUCCAACACCAACUCCACCACCUCCGCCAUCAUCAAUGCAACAUCCCCCACAUCAGCCACCAGGAUUGAUUCCAAAUCAUUCAAUGCCACCGCAUCCAGGUCCUCAAGGUGCACCGCCUGUUAUUCCCACUCCAGGAACACCGGCCGCGCCUCACGCUGGUCCAAUGAUUCCGACGAAUCAACCAUACGGCCAACAAUAUCCACCCACUGGACAGCAACAGGCGCAAAAUGUUCCACUUGCACCAAGACCACCGCAUCCUUCCUACGGCUAUACACAACAGCAACCAUACCAUCAACCCUAUCCACAAUAUCCUCAUCCCUAUUAUCAUCAACCAUAUUCUCAAUAUCCAUCACAUGCAAUGGGACGUCCACAUCAUCCAUCUCACAGUCCUUAUCAUCCUCAAUCGUCGCACGGUGUCGCCGACAGCAGUGCUGCUAAUAAUCCAUCUGGACCAAAUGCCGAGGGUGGAAAUCCCAAUUAUUCGGGACCAAUGCACAAUGAUAACGAUCGACCAAUUCCACCUGAUGGUCAAGGUGAUGGACAAUCGGACGGUAAAUCCAAUUCUUGAAUUAUGUCUUCAAGAAAUUUUUUAUAAUUCAUUUUUGUGAAACCUUUUUUUUUCACUGACUGAAAUUAAUAAUUUCCCAUUAAAAUCAUUAGAAUUUUUAUUUCCAACAAUUUUAUUAGUUAUUUUUUAGACGAAUUUUCAUUUUUCGAAUUAAUAUUUGACAGAAUUUCUUUUUUAACAAAUUUUUACUAAACAGAAUUCGAAUUUUUAUUUUACAGAAUUCUUAAAAAAUUCUUCUUUAUUUGUUCAAAAUUACAAAUGGCCGAAUAAACAAUCGAUUUUUAAAAUCCACCAAUCAAAAGUUGUCGAUUGUUCGGUCAUUUGUAAUUUCGGAAAAAUAAAAAUUCGGCGUUUUAAGAAUUCUACCAAAUAAAAAUAACUUAAAAAUUCUGUUAAUUAAAAAUUUAUCAAAAAAUAAAUUCUGAUAAAUGUUAAUUCGAAAAAUGAAAAUUCUUCUAAAAAAUAACUGAUAAAAUUGUUGAAAAUGAAAAUUCUAAUGAUUUUUAUAGGAUAAUCAUGCGCUCCAAUAAUUUUACACUUGGAAUCAUUUAAUUUGAAUGAAAAUAUUUAAAAUAAUUGAAUUAUUGAAAAAAAUUAAAUUCGAAUGGGCAUCCAGAGGAAUUCGGAAAUUGGAAAAAUAGAAACAAUAUUUCUAUGUCAAAAUAUUCUAAUUUCAAUAAUUUCGUUUAUAAAAUCAAAAAUUAAUGUAACCAAGUGUUUUUUUUACAAAAAAUUUACGAUUUUCACAAUUUGAAUUAUGAAAAUAUCUAAAGAUUCUAAUCUCGAAGAUUAAGAUAAAUGUAUAGGUUUAAAAAAAGCUAUAGUUUCAGAUUUACUUUCAAAACUUCCAUUAAUUUUAAUUUAAUAAUUUACGAUAAUGUUUCUUGAUUUAUCACUUUGUUCAUUGCAACAUUUUUUUCUUGAAAGAAAUUGUGACGAUCUUGAUAUUUAAAAACGAUAAAUAGUAAUAUGACUAUUAUAUUUCUCUGAAUGUGAGAAAUAUGAAAUGAAACUUAGUUUUUCUAAGAAAACUAAAUUCGAAUACUAUAUGUGUAAUCUAUUUACAUAAAAAUUGAUGUAAUACAAAAAAGUAAGAAAUAACGAGGAUACAAUUUCAAAAUAAAAAAAUUUUAUUAAUCUUCUGAAA